AAAGGAUGUCCUUUGUCCAAAGUUUGUAAACCUAUCAUCUCUCACCUGUCCAUCCGUGUGGAAGAAAGAAAGAAAGAACUCAAAAAGGGGCUUUAGAUUUGAAGAAAAGGUGUAACAAAAAGUUGUCAAGAAACUCAAAAAGUUUUGCUACAAAAAGCCCAAAUCAAUUACUAGUUAAAAGGAGUAAUUUAGUUGUGGCAAAAAUCAAGAAUGCUAACUUCUUCAUUGAGGCUCCCUUUCUUGCCUCUUCCUCACUCUCAUCCUGUGUUUUCCCCUUUGAAUUUCACUAAAGUUGUUCACUUAUCCAACCCCAAUUGUCCCCUCAAUCCUAUUUCCUCUCCCAAAAGAUGUGCUUCAACAAGUUCAUCUUCCAAUGGACACACGUGGCCAGAUGGAGAUGCUGAAAGAUAUUGCAGCAAUGAUAAUUUGAGGAAUGAAGAUGAUUAUGCAAUUCAGAUGUUUGGUUCUAAUGAAGAACUCAGCACUCAGAUUCCAACUCAAGCUCAAUCUCUUGUUGAAGGCUCAGGAGCAGUUUUGGUAUCAGAGUAUAAGCCAGUUCCGGAUGUGGACUAUCUGCAGGAGUUGUUAGCUAUUCAACAACAAGGUCCAAGAAAUAUUGGCUUUUUUGGGACACGAAACAUGGGAUUUAUGCAUCAAGAACUUAUUGAGAUUCUAAGCUAUGCCUUGGUCAUCACGAAAAAUCACAUCUUUACUUCUGGAGCAGCAGGCACCAAUGCUGCUGUCAUAAGAGGUGCUCUUCGUGCUGAGAAACCGGAGCUGCUAACUGUGAUAUUGCCGCAGAGCUUGGAAAAACAACCUCCCGAAAGUCAGGAGUUGUUGUCUAAAGUGAAACAUGUGAUAGAGAAACCUCACAAUGACCAUCUCUCACUGCUAGAAGCUAGCAGGCUGUGUAACAUGGACAUCAUUUCCCAAGUGCAGCAAGUUAUUUGCUUUGCCUUUCAUGACAGCAGAUUGCUUAUGGAAACAUGUCAAGAAGCCAAGAACCUUCGGAAGAUUGUUACUCUCUUUUACUUGGACUAAUGCAUAGCAACAAAUUCUGUUCAUAGAUUCUUUGCUAUUGAAUAUGUUCUCUGUUGAUUAAAGGGGAGAAUAUACACAUGCUAUGCAUGUAUGGAAAGUACUGCAAUUCAGAAAUGUUCAUACUCAUGCCAUAUUCAUUUAAUAGAGGUAGUUGUCUCGUCGAUUGCGACAGGAUUUAUAGAUGUAUUUAUUUUUGCAUGAAUUGCAAUUCUUCCUUGUUUAUUUUCACAUAUAUAUCUUGCUCUAGUUAGUAAAAGAGUUUAUACAUUUUGUCUGGUUAUGUAAAGCAAUGUUCAUCUAUAUGGAACGUCAAUAAGGUCAAUCUACUAAAGUAUCAUUUGUUUAGCAUUA